AUGGCAAAUACCAUUGUGGAGCACUCGGGGUCUCGGCCUAUAAAGAUUUCUCCGGCUGUAUAUCGCGCGAGACACAACGAUGGUACUUCAGACGAGAUAUUAUCUGGUAUUCUCGGACGCCUUACUUCCUUGGAGCGUUCUAUUGCCGUAACACCGUGCCAGUCACCUGCAGGUGAUGACCAGAGUGGCUUGCCAACGCUUUCCUACAAUGGCAAUUUAGCACCGUUUCAAAAUAAUGGUCAGACGCUAGAAUGUAUUGUAGGCCUCACGCAUCCCGGAAGUCGCAACGCUACGCCAAGUCCUGUUCAAGACCGUCUCUCUCAUAGUCCCAUACAAACCACGUCACGUGUUCCAAUACAAAAGCCUGAGACUGGUGAUGAAUUGAUGUGGAACGAUAGCUCUAUAACCAAGGACAUGGCUACCAAAUGGGUCAACAGUUUCUAUUAUCUAUUGUGGGGUCCUCAGCUUCCGUUGCCUAAGGAUUUCUUCCUUCAACUUCCUGAACUGUUCGGGCUACCACACAUCAAGAUCGACACAUCAGCGGUUCUCGUAUACCACAACAUUCUUCUGCAAGGUCUCUUUAUGGAUAGAGAUCUCACUCGCAAUACAAAGCAAUACGCUUCAUAUGUUUACAGCAAAAUCUUACGGCAAGUAAAAGACUGGGACUUCGAGACUCAGCCCACUCUCACAGAUCUUUAUGCGGCACUUCUCACGAACUCAUGGAGAUUCCAUUGCUCUGCAUACCGGAUAGCAUGCAAUCUAGGCUUCUUGCUAUUAGACGCAGAUGGAAGUGGCAACAACCAGUCCCUCCCUACGCAGUCAAUUCAUAAGAACCAGAUGCGGUUCUGCGUCUGGCAGUUGGUGCAUAAUGACUGCCUUUUCCGUCUUCAUCUAGGGAAGCCCGGUCUUAUCGAUCCCCGCACACUGGUCGUCAAAUUCCCCGAACUCUCAACAUGGAAUCCUCACGAAGGGCUCAAUCGAUCAGUCCAAAUCACCUUCCUGGUGUCUACGCGCCUUGCCUUUGCAAAAAUGCGGUGUUUUGAUUUGAUAGACGACAUGCGACGAGAUGGAUCGCAGCCGUGCGAUCAGAUAAUAGAAAACUUGAUCAGGGAGACUCAGACCGCCCUCAUGGAUUGGAAAAUUGAUGAAAGUCUCGAAGCAGUAGAUUGUGUCAUGAGCGCCUGGCUCUACGACGAACUAAUCCAAAAUGCCUGUAGCACCAUUAUUCUGCUAAAUCGCACAAGAUCUGUAUCAAACAGCCAGACGUCCAAACUCCAGUCGCAUGAGGCAGUAAGAAGGGCAAUUGAAAUCAUGAAGCGAGCAAUGAUAGUGUCCCACUUCACAUUCUACUCUGUCCCUGUAAUACUUACCCUAUUCGCUCAUAUCCUCGCGACCAAUCAACUUGCCGUCAUCGCACAGGAUAUGUCCCUCACGGCUUGGGUUGGGACGAUGCUGGUCGAGUGGACAGCCCAGCACGGGGAACUCGAAGCCAUUGAGGCUGUCGUCAGCACAUUGAAUGACCUAUGUCGGCGGACCAAGCUGUGCACAUCCGGUAUAUACGGUCAGCCGCACAAUGAGUUUCUCACGGGCAUGAACACAACUGAUGGGUUCACGCUAGACCCCCGCUCCACCCAAACACUCGACCGUAUCGGUAUCAAGGCCCAAGAUCUUAUUCAAAAUCCGUCCGAGAUGAUCUUAGUUAUAGAACGCUGGAUAUAUAGUCAGGGUUCUGCCCAUGACAUGGCUGUCACAACCGAGUGA